AGAUCUAACAGGGAAACAGUUAAUCCUGCAAUUCUUGGGCAAUCUCAGGGGAUAAUUGCAGUAGAGAGAAAGGAUGUGUUCUCACCUUUCCGAUGUGUCACCUCUUCCAUCUCCUCAGCAAGAGAAGCGGUUAGAGAACAUAAUGGCAGCAGAAAUACUCAUAUGGGAUAUGACCAAGGGAAAUGAACAGGUUGGGUAUUGGCUCUGGUGCGGAAUAAAUCACAAUGUUGAUGAUGCCGUGAACAAUGUAGCCAAUCACAUGCAGCAUGUUCCAGCCAUAGAUGGAAAGAUAGUUGGCAUGAUUUCUAUUGCAGAUGUUGUCCAUGCAGUGGAGCAACAAGGGGCACUAAAAUGAUUUAAUGAUUUCAACAAAGGAGAAAACUAUUAGAAUGUAUGAUAGAAUCCUUCAGUGGUAAACAAUUAGAUCAAGAUAUCUUUAGUGUCCUUAAUGAUCUUAAAUUAUGCAAUUAACAAAAACUUCAAGAGCUCUAAGUUCCUAAACUUGAAUUGUGUGUUUCUACUUUCUGUAUAAAAGGGCACGUUAAAU